GUCAACACGGUUGCAUGGAACUGCGAUGGACGACGGCUUGCAAGCGGCUCAGGCGAUCGUAUGAUACGCGUGUGGACUGUGGAGCACUACGGGCCUGUGGCUAAACCGGAACGUUCAGACGCCGAGUACAACUCGCAUAAUGAUGCCAUAAGCAGCCUGGAGUGGCGGCCGGACCACCCCGACGUGCUGGCUAGCUGCUCAAACAGCAAGAAUGACACCAACAUACGGUUUCAUGACGCAAGGACGAACAAGCAGACAGCCGCUGUGCAGCUCGGGAACGAGAAGAACUUGGUGUUGUCGUGGUCACUGGACGGCUUAUCGGUGGUCAUUACGUGCUCAAACGACGAGGUCGUGUUUGUGGACACGCGCAAAAUGCGGAGGUCGCGGCAGUGGGGGCUUUCUGGACAUACGAAGUUGUCCGAGGUGCGCUGGGGUCCCACACAAAACCUCCUUACAAUGGCGCUUGACGAUGGCACCGUGCGCAUUGCGCCCCUAGCCAAGUUGGACAGUCCCAUCUGGCGUCUCAACUCCCAUGCCAGUCAUACAACGUGCCUGGCGUAUUCGCGUGACUACAAGUACCUGGCAUCUGGGGGUUCUGACGCGCUCGUCAGUCUCUGGCAUAUGGAGGAGAUGACUUGCCUGCGCACUUACAGCAGGCCCGACCAGUCGGUCCGGACGUUGAGCUUCAGCCAUAACAACAACUGGCUGGCAUAUUGCAGUGAAGACGGGUAUGGGACCAUCGACAUCGUGAGCACGCUGACAGGUGAUGUCGCCAGUACGCUGAACUUGAAGAGCUACUGUGAAACGGUGGCCUGGUGCCCAUCUGCACCAGUGCUUGCCUUCGCAGGAGACAAACUAACUCAUAUUCGUGCCAUGACUGGGCAUCUGGUCAGGGUGUCGUGCAUUGGCAGACACGACCGGGAUGUGACUGCCUCUAUGGAGACUGAGAAGGGUACGGUGCUUCACCACGAUGAGAUGACAGUGACGCCAUUUGGUUCAUGUUUGAAGGUUUAACCAGCAGGCAUCGUAAUAAAAAUGACUGCGAGGCGUUGACUAUCUACAGAACAUGUGCUAUGUGUACAUCGAUUCAGGACCAAUGCUGGUUAUGACAAUAGUGUCUGAAGCCGCGCUGGAAAGAAGUCUGCAACUUUUUCGCGCAGGGUUUGAUCAGGCAAACAUUUUUCUAGAAACACCGUACACAAAGACACAUCUUCGAGCUUUCCUCAAAGCGUUACCUGUAUGACAGGCGCCAUGCAUCACACUGAGACGCACUAAUCAAGAAACCCACUAUCCCCCACAAGACUUGGGAAAAGCACUCGCCUGCAGCCACUUCAGCUGCAAAACGACGCCGAGCGGCCUCCUCCUCCGCCAGAGAGUAAUGUUGGGUUGCCAUAGAAUGGUGCCACGGUCUCGCCCCAUCCGGCAACCCGUUGCUAGCUGGUACCUGGACUGCCGAGACCUCCUGCUCCGGAAGCUUCGGGCUCCUGGUGGGAUUCGGCGUAAAUAUACGGUGUUGGAUGUAGUGCCCUCAUCACCUGCCGCGGACCGCCUAGUUACUCCUACCUACCUGCUUGCAAGGGUUGCGUUGCUCGCAACCAGCUCCUCCCAGACA